AAAGACCCAUUUAACAUUGUCCAAGAACAGACACAGAUAUCAAUUGAGGGAUUGGCAAGUCUCCAUCAAAGAUGGAGUACCCUGUUGAAACAUAGCAACACAUAUCAAUCCAAAGAGUUUCAAUGGUGCCAAACAGAGAUUAAUGUUGUUAUAAAACAUAUAAAUGAAGAUAUAGAGGAUCUAAAGAAGACAAUUGAUGUUGUACUGGCAAACCCCAGUAGAUUCAACGUGUCUGCAUCAGAACUGGAUGCAAGGAAGAGAUUCAUUCGUCAGGCAACGAUCACUGUUGAGCAGGUCUCAAAUGAUAUAAAGUCACCACAAACUAUAACCAAGAUUGAACAAGAUAAACGUUCAUCUCUGAUGCCUGUGGAUCAAAAACAACACCGUAACAAUCAACAACAUCAAGUAAUGAAACAAAUAGUAGAAGAGGACAACAAUGAUUUCCUGCGCAAUAAUCUACAACUACAACAACAAAUGAUGAGGGAACAAGACCAAUCUCUGGAUGAACUCUCUGAGAGUAUAAAGUACUUAGGAAAGAUUGGAAUGACAAUGACAACAGAGUUGACAUCACAAGGAAAGAUAUUAGACAACCUGAAUGACAGAGCCGAUCACUCACUUUGCAAUCUAAACAGUGUAAUGAGAAAGUUGGAUAGGCUAAUG